CUCCUCACAGCACUCGUGCGCGCUGGCCGGCUACACCAGGACGCUUCAUCCUCGGUCAGCGAUUGCAAUCGACCGACCCUCUGCUCACACAGACGCAUUGCUGCCGCGCAGCCACGCAGGCCGAUUGACUCGGCUCAAACACCACACCCACUGUCGGACACCACGAGCGGAUCCCUGACGCUCGGCUGAGAGCCUGGGACGUGACACUGCCACUGUUGCUUGCGCUCUCCGCACUAGCACUGGCCUCGACGCCUGUCCAAGCUUCUCGUCCUGCUCGCCAAGCAGACAGUAAAAACCUGCCGCGUCAAGCUUGUCCUCUUUGCAACCCAAUCGCCCAGCGCCGCCGCUGCGUGCCAACUUGCGAUCGCUGUGCAGCCGCGCCGUCCUCUCGCCCUUGCAGAUCCACCCUUCCGCCUGCAGCCUCGGCGCCGCCGACCAGUCAUCGCCCAACAUGUCGAUGCCAUCCGUGCGCCCUGCGACCUCUAAUCCACCAGACGUUUCUCCACGCACGACCGCGGCCGAUACCGUCCCCGGCUCUGGCUCGUCGACGAAUCCGGCCCAGCAACCGUCAUCAUCAUCCAACAAGAAGAAGAAGCACCGUGCCGGCCGCAAGCACAAGUCCUCUCGGCGCAAGUCCAUCGUCAGCCGUCCCGAAGGCCUCAACAGUCAGCACGGGCUCGUCGAGGGUCAGACGGCCUCCGAUAGCUUCUACUUGCAAGUCAACACCAGCAACACAAGCCUCGAGAGCGAGGCACUCCUCGACCACCGUGCAGAUUACCGUGAUCAGGGCUUUCGGCGGCCUCGGCGGGCCUCGACAAUGAUCGGUAGUCCUUAUCAGACCCCCGGCCGAGCGCGAACGGGCACAAACUACUUCCCCGACGAGAAUGCCGCCAGCGAGCGUGUCCCGUUAUUGGGCACCUCUGUCACAGGUGAAAACGAUCUUGCCGGCUAUGGAGGAGCCAACCCAAGCCGGAAGCCCGAUGCGAGCAAGCAAAGACAACGCCGAGGCUCUAGUAGAUCCAGCGGCCUCCAGGCUAUAGCUCCCCGGACGCCAACAGAGCCUUGGAACGUCAACUAUCCUCCAUCGGUGCCCGGGUCCCCGACACUGGAUGCGACCGACCCCAUGGGCGGCUUCAGAGAUGUCAUGAUGCAUGACGACGAUUCGGACGACCACAGAUCACGCCGCAACAGCAUGCCCGGAGCCGAGUCUGACGAGACUUUUGUGCUAAAUAAAGGAUCGCUGGAGCGGAGACAUACUGUGGCGCUCGCGCAGCAGGACGACGUCUGCAUGCCGCAGGAGACAAUGUCGGAACUUGGCGAGUUUGACCCAAAUAUUGAUAGGGACGUGUCAUCGCAAAGAACGCGCCGUCGGCGCCGACAGAAGUGGCCCGACCUCGAGCUGCUCGAGGACUUCUCGACACUCGAGAAAGAGAGCCGAUCCGAGAGCAAUCGACGCGUUAAGAAGAUUGCCGAGCCCCAACUGAUCGAAGGCAGGCUCCGGCCCGCAAAUGGCAAGCGUUGGUUCACUGCCGAGGAGGAGGCGCCAUACCGCUUUACGUACUUCAACAUUGAGUUUGAGGACACGAUCCACAGCCAGACAAUUUCGGAACUGCCCCAGGCCGAACUCGGUUUUAAGGAGCUGUUUCUGCCCGAUCCGCCAGUCUUGUCUGAAUCCAGUGAAGACGACACUGAAGACGACGAAUGGCCGACUCAAGGAUCUGCCGCCGGCACUAAGAACGGCGAGGCACUUUCGAAGGUCAACACACGCGCAAGCUCGAUCGCCCAACAACUCUCAGAUAAGCGGGCGGACGCAAACAUUUCUCCUCAGCCAGCUCCUCGCACAGGGCCCUCGAAUGGGAACUCGAGCAACGGCCAUGGCUCAGGUAUGGCGACGCCUUCGCGGUCGAAGUCGCCCAUCGUCGAAGCCAACGAGGCCGAGACAAGGCUGCCGUCGGCGAAAGUCGAGAAGCAGUUGCGGUACGGCGAGCGGCCUGUGUGGUGGUUGGAUUGUUUUUCUCCCACGCAGCGGGAGCUGGAGCUUCUCUCCAAGGCCUUUGGCAUUCACCCUUUGACCACCGAAGAUAUUUGGCUGCAGGAGGAGCGCGAGAAGGUAGAGCUGUUCCGCAACUACUACUUUAUCACGUAUCAGUCAUUUGACCAGGACUCCAAGUCGGACAAUUUCAUGGAGCCUCUGAUGAUGUACAUUGUGGUCUUCCGAGAGGGCGUCAUUUCAUUCCACUGGAACCCGACACCUCACCCUGCCAAUGUCCGACGGCGAAUACGGUUCUUGAAGGACUACGUGCGGAUUGACGCGGACUGGAUCGGAUACGGCAUCAUCGACGAUGUCACGGAUGUUUAUAUCCCCCUGAUCCAGAAUAUCGAGGAUGAGGUGGACGACAUUGACGAUGCCAUCUUGAAGCUGCACUCGAUCCCUGAAGCCAUGGACGCGUCCGGCAAGGACAAGGAGGACAAUGAGAAAUCAUCACCAGAAGCCGCGCCUGAAGGCCAUCUCUUGCACCGGGUCGGAGCAUGCCGCAAGAAGGUGAUGCGGCUGUACCGCCUGCUAGGCACGAAGGCCGACGUCAUCAAAGGCUUUGCGAAGCGGUGCAACGAGAAGUGGCAGGUCGCACCCCGGUCCGACAUUGGCAUGUACCUGGGCGAUAUCCAGGACCACAUUGUCACGAUGACGGGCAACCUGAGCCACUACGACGUGAUCCUGGCGCGGUGUCACGCCAACUACAUUGCGCAAAUCAACAUCCGCAUGGGCGAGCGGCAGGAGGCCACCGCCGACGGGCUGAACAAGCUCACGGUGCUGGGCACCAUUGUGCUGCCGAUGAACAUCAUCACGGGCCUCUGGGGUAUGAACGUGUGGGUCCCCGGCCAGGACGACGAGGGCUAUCUGGGCUGGUUCUUCCUCAUCACGGCGGGCCUGCUCGUGUUCGGCGUCAUGUGUUACUUUGCGGCAAAGAGGCUGAAGCUGGUCUAGAUGUGUACAUGUGUGUGUGUGUGGAGAGCGGCAACGGCGAGCACGGCUGUAUAAUACGAGGCUCGGAUAUCUUUUUGGGGGUACCUGGCGUCAUUUCACUGGACAGGUACGGCGCUGCUUAUACUGUGCCGAGAAACAAUCAACAUAUGCUCAUAA